AGGGCCCGUCUUUUCCCCGCAGCCUCCUCCUCCUCCUCGUCCCGCCGGUUCUUCCCCGCUUCCCCGUCCUCCCCUCCGGUCCUUUCCCUCAGGCUCCGGGCCUUUCCCUUCUCCUCGCCCCCCAGCCGGCCCCCUGGCCUGAGAGGGAGAAGGGGAGAGUUCAGCUGAGGGAGGAAACGGCGCUUCUCUUCCCUCAGGAGCCUUUGAAGCGGGAGGAAGGCAGGCAGGAGGCCCGCGCGAGCCCCCCGAGGGGCCGGUUCCCUCAGGAAGGGUCUUCCUUGCCGCCCUGCGAGCAAAUGGUGAUGAGCCUCCGGGUGUCGGAACUGCAAGUGCUCUUGGGAUACGCGGGAAGGAACAAGCACGGCCGCAAACACGAACUCCUCACAAAAGCCCUGCAUUUGCUCAAGGCUGGCUGCAGCCCUGCCGUCCAGAUGAAGAUCAAAGAACUCUACCGACGGCGGUUCCCCCAAAAGAUCAUGACUCCAGCGGAUCUGUCCAUCCCCAGCCUCCACUCGGGCUCCCUCUCGGCCACCUUGUCACCCUCUGCCAUCCCGCAGCUCACCUACGACGGUCACCCGGCCACGUCGCCCCUGCUCCCUGUUUCUCUGCUGGGACCUAAACACGAACUGGAACUGCCUCACCUUACCUCAGCCCUCCAUCCUGUCCAUCCGGACAUCAAGCUCCAGAGGUUGCCCUUUUACGAUUUGUUGGAUGAACUGAUCAAACCAACCAGUCUAGCAUCUGAUAACAGCCAGCGGUUUCGGGAAACAUGCUUUGCGUUUGCCCUGACUCCACAGCAAGUGCAACAGAUAAGCAGCUCCAUGGACAUUUCCGGAACCAAGUGCGACUUCACGGUGCAGGUCCAGCUAAGGUUUUGCUUAUCAGAAACCAGUUGCCCGCAAGAAGAUCACUUCCCACCAAAUCUUUGCGUGAAAGUUAAUGGAAAACCGUGUAGCCUUCCUGGCUAUCUUCCACCGACUAAAAAUGGGGUUGAACCAAAGCGACCGAGCCGGCCGAUCAACAUCACCUCACUUGUGCGCCUGUCCACAACAGUACCAAACACUAUCGUCGUCUCGUGGACUGCAGAGAUAGGAAGGACCUACUCCAUGGCCGUCUACCUCGUCAAGCAGCUGUCUUCUACGGUGCUGUUGCAGCGGUUGCGAGCAAAAGGCAUCCGGAACCCUGACCAUUCCAGAGCACUAAUCAAAGAGAAACUAACAGCAGAUCCUGACAGCGAAAUAGCCACAACCAGCCUGCGAGUUUCUCUUUUGUGUCCACUUGGCAAAAUGCGGCUGGCCAUCCCCUGCCGGUCGCUGACCUGUUCUCACCUGCAGUGCUUCGAUGCCACUUUGUACAUUCAGAUGAAUGAGAAGAAGCCCACCUGGGUUUGCCCCGUCUGUGACAAAAAGGCCCCCUACGAACACCUCAUCAUUGACGGGCUCUUUAUGGAAAUCCUGAAGUAUUGCACAGAUUGCGAUGAAAUCCAGUUUAAGGAGGACGGGUCUUGGGCUCCUAUGAGAUGCAAAAAGGAGGCACAAGAGGUGAAGACAUCUUUCAAUGGAGUAGAAGGCUGUUUAAGUUCUUCUGUGGAUCAUCAGGUAACAUCUCACCAGUCAAACAAAAACAAGAAGGUUGAGGUGAUUGACUUAACCAUUGAGAGCUCGUCAGAUGAAGAGGAGGAGGAGCCGCCGUCCGUCAAGAGGAGCUGUCCGUCCCUCUCGCCGGCCUCCCCCAUUAACAACAAGAGCAUUUUAAGUCUGCCGCACCAAGUCUCCCCUGUUUCGAGAACCCCGAGCCUCCCGGCGGUCGACACGAGCUACAUCAACACCUCGCUUAUCCAAGACUACCGGCACCCCUUCCACAUGACGCCCAUGCCUUACGACCUCCAAGGUUUGGACUUCUUUUCUUUCUUACCAGGAGACAAUCAGCAUUACAGCACUUCCCUGCUGGCGGCGGCAGCGGCGGCGGUGUCUGCCUCGGAGGACCAGGACCUGCUGCACUCCCGCUUCUUCCCCUACGCCUCCUCCCAGAUGUUCCUGGAGCAGCUGAACGCGGCCGGGGGGGCCGGCCCACUCCCCUCGGCCAACGGCGGUGGUGGUGGCGGCAGCAACAGCGGCAGCAACAGCAGCCUGGUCUCCUCCUCCAACAACAGCUUGAGAGAGAGCCACAGCCACCCAGUCGCCGGCCGCAGCGGCACGGACCCGGCCUCCCUCUUCGGCGUCAUCCCAGACAUUAUCUCCUUGGACUGAGCCCCGGCGCGGUGCAACUGGACUCGAUGGAGCAGAGAGAGAAAGGAUGCUGGGCGGCUGGGGUGGUUCUUUCUGUCUUUCUUUCUUGGUCCUUUUAUCUCAGGCAGGGGCCAACUUUGGCCCUCCCUCCCUCCGGGGGUUUUGUACUUCAGCUCCCAUAAUCCCUAGCUAGGAAUUGUGGGAGUUGAAGUCCAAAACACCUGGAGGGAGGGCCAAAGUUGGCCCAUGCCUGUGUCAUUUUAUUUUGAGGUUAGAUGCGCAGACAAGCUUUUUCUUUUCCUUUUUGUAGGGGGAAAAAAAACUAUUAAGACGUGUACAGAGAACAAAACUAUAUUUUCAGUUGUACUUUUUGUAUAUAAACAGAUGGUUUUGAAUGGUAAAACAAAACGGAAAAAAAAUGACAAAAACUCCCUAGUUCUUGGAUACGGAAGAUUUUACACCUCCCUUGAGUGUUUUUUAAAAAACCUUUUGACUCCUAACAGCAUGACCCUUUUGUUUUGUUUGUUCCCAGUGACCCUAAUGCCGUGGCUCUCAACCUGUGGGUCCCAGUGUACCAACCUGUGGUCUACAACUCCCAGAAGUCCCACCCAGUUUACCAGCAGUUGGGAUUUCUGGGAGCUGAAGGCCAAAACAUCUGGGACCCACAGGUUGAGAACCACUGUCCUAAUGGAAAAGGAAGCAGGUGAUUGUAGGGAGUCCACUGGGGAAAGUAUCCCUGCGGAGAGAAAUGAGUCUGGGCCUGCGUUUUAAUUUAAAAUGAUGUUUUUCAGUUGUUUGCACAAACUCCAGGGCUGGGAGAGGCAUUCCGGAAGGUAUUCCGAGCUCUUUGUUCUGGAUCCAAUUUUCUCAUCAGUCCUGGUUUCUUUAUCAGACACAGUUUUCCAAGCACUUUCCCCAUAGAACAGGUUCCGUCUCCAGUGUCGGAGCAUUGCCAUUUGGAAAGCUGUGAGACAAAGAGGGAUUCAUCCACCUUAAAGGUUACAACUAAGCAACAUCUUUAAGUAUUAAAGCCUUCCUUCCUUAGCUUCCCCCCCCCCUUCAGAUUGAUCAAACAUAUUGGGCUGAUUUGAAAACUGAAAGGAGAUACCGUGAUUUAAAAGCAGUAUAUUUUGCAGCAGGCCGUGACAUGUUGUUUUCCAGAAGCAUAUUUGAACCCAUAUUGUGUGUCUCAUUUGCUUCUGAGUCAAUUCCACUGAAUUCUGUAGGACUGAUGUUUGACCCAACUCUACAUCAUUGCUAAAUUGCACCUUCCUUUUCCUCCUUCAGCUGCAACAAAAUGUUUAAAAAAUUCCUCCCAGUUCUUAAGGGCAUUAAUGGUCGCUUCGAGGUCUUUUCCCCAAAGUUUCCAAAACAGCAUUUGAUCCUUGUUGAGCAAUUAGGGUGGGUUUUUUCCUCCCUUGAGACAUUGUUUUUGUUCGUGUCAGAAGCGACUUGAGAAACUGCAAGUCCCUUUUGGUGUGAGACUUGCUUCUCUAGCUCUAGCUUCUCUUUUCAAAAGCGGCUGGUGAUUUAGACUGUCUCCACCUGUCCAAACUGCAAAGUAUCUAAAAGGAGGAAAAGGAGAGUCUUUUAAACAUAAUUAAAUAAGGAAGGGGAAAGAGUCAAAGAUAAUUUUUUAAAUAUUCCAAAACCUUCAGUGGAGUGUAUAUUUGUCUUCUAUAUAGCUAUUAACCAUCUACAUUGACAAAAGAAUCAGGAACAGAGGAAGGAAGGAAGGAAGGAAGGAAGGAAGGAAGGAAGGAAGGAAGGAAGGAAGGAAGGAAGGAAGGAAGGAAGGAGGGAGGGAAGGAAGGAAGGAAGGAAGGAAGGAAGGAAGGAAGGAAGGAAGGAAGGAAGGAAGGAAGGAAGGAGAGAGAUGAAACCAGGCAAGCUUUUUGCUUCAUUUGAUCAAAAACUGGUAGCAAAUUGUCUCGAAUGUUUAAUGUGUUCCUGCUUUUCUUUUCUUUUUAAAGCAAAGCUGUCUUUUGUCUAAACUUCACAUAUUUUAUUCUCCAUUUUUCCCCGGCGGAUUUUCCAAAAAUGUGUCCCCUGUCAACCAUUUAAAAGCUGACUUGAAUUUUGACAUGGUUUGUUCAUAUGUAUAUGUGUGUGUAUAUAUGUAUUUAUAGGUGUGUGUGUGUGUGUCUGUCUGCCUCUCUUGUCUGUCCCAUGCAUGUGUAUUCCAUUAAUAUCUGGCCGAGGGCGUUUCUUUCAGCCGGUUUAUAAUUUAUUAAAUGUCAGUCAAAUCUCAAUAAAACACGGAGAAACAGGAGUUCUUUUAAGUCCGGUCCAGCUUGGGGAGGCAUCGGAGUGGAUUGUUUUAAAGAAGCAGAGUGAAACUGGCUCAAAACUAGACAUAAUUAAGUUGGCGAUGGGUCUCAUUCUAUUCCAAACACUGAAUGAAGCGCUAGAUUGUCCAAAGUCAGGGAUAUGACUGUCGGGGGCCAGAUUGUCAUUGACCCAAUGAAUAACCCUUUUGGCCUUUGGUAUUUGUUGUUGUGUUCUGCACAGUGGGAAUGCCUUGCCUGGGCAUGUUUCUUGCAUUUAAGACAGAGCAACGCAAUGCUGAAUUCUCUUCUCUAUACACGCUUCGUAAAUCACAAUAAUAGGCUGCAAGGCAAGGGAUGCUCGGUCCCAUUUAUUGCCUUGGGAUGGAAGCUUUGGUCCCCAUGGUCUGUUUUCCCAAUUCAGAAAUCUACAGGGAUCAUCUACAAUAGGUUAUUUAGGAAGGAUGUUGAGGGAUCUAUAUAUAGGUAGAGAGAGCUUGUUUUGGUAUAAAAAGUAGAUGUAAUCUGGCAGGAUCUUUUGCUCUACACUCUCCCUGUGAUGCUGCCUCUCGUUGAGUCCUGAGAUUUGCAUUUUGGGGAGUGACCUUUCAAAUUCUCAGCUGACUAAACUACAAAUCCCAGAAUCCAGCAGGAGGCAGCCACUGGGUUUAAGGUGGGAUAGCGAUGCUUUAAAGCGUAGUAUGAAGAAGCCUUUCAGGUGGUGAAGUGGAGACGGAUUGUCCCCUCUUCAUUGUUUGUCUCCAAACGCUCCUUCUUUCCCAUCUGCGAGGGAGGAAAUGGCAGAGCGAGAGACCGGCAGAAAGUGCGUCACCAGAGAAGCCAAAGAAUAUGUGGGAUUAAAGCCCCCUCCUCCUUUAUGGUUCUUGGGCUCUUUAUUUUGGGAAGUUUGAGUUCUAACCAGGUAAAUAUCUCUUGUGAGGAGAUUUAUUCACCAAGAAGCAGUGCCCAUUUGAAAUACAGUAGAGUCUCACUUAUCCAACACUCGCUUAUCCAACGUUCUGGAUUAUCCAACGCCUUUUUGUAGUCAAUGUUUUCAAUAAAUCGUGAUAUUUUGGUGCUAAAUUUGUAAAUAUAGUAAUUACUACAUAGUAUUACUACGUAUUGAACUACUUUUUCUGUCAAAUUUGUUGUAAAAUGUGAUGUUUUGGUGUUUAAUUUGUAAAAUCAUAACCUAUUUUGAUGUUUAAUAGGCUUUUUCUUAAUCUCUCCUCAUUAUCCAACAUAUUCGCUUAUCCAACGUUCUGCCAGCCCGUUUAUGUUGGAUAGGUGAAACUCUACUGUAGUUGCCAUUCCCAAAAUGGAAAGGGAAAGCUUGGAAAUUGAUGGCCGCUUAAUAUUAAUAUACAGUAGAGUCUCACUUAUCCAACAUAAACGGGCCGGCAGAACCUUCGAUAAGCGAAUAUCUUGGAUAAUAAGGAGGGAUUAAGGAAAAGCCUAUUAAACAUCAAAUUGAUGGGUAUGAUUUUACAAAUUAAGCUCCAAAACAUCAUGUUAUACAUCAUGUUAUAUUGUAAUUACUGUAUUUAUGAAUUUAGAACCAAAAUAUCACGAUAUAUUGAAAACAUUGACUACAGAAAUGGCUUGGAUAAUCCAGAGGCUUGGAUAAGCGAGACUCUACUGUAUUAUAAUAUAUUAAUAUUCAUAUGCUGCCUCUAUCAUAAACAAAGGAAUCUUCUCAAUUUAAAGUGAUUUCGUGCCCUGUCUUCUGCAGAAAUCAUUCAUGUAAUUCUAGAAUCAUGCCUAAAAGAUGGUGCAUUUCUUCAAUUGCAAGACACCAUCAAUGGCAAGACUCACCCAAAUUCAAUACCAGCCAAGAUGCAUAAUACACACCUGUGAUUCUAAACAUACCCCAUUUGGGGGGGUGUUUAUAUGGGAGGGAAAGUACGCCUUAGAAUUGAAGAAAUAAAGUAUUGCCCAUCUAGAAAGUAUGUAUUGGUCAUGGUUGUUUCUUGCAGCCAAUAACAGGCGUUGACCAGAAAUUCCCUUGAACUUUGUUGCAGCUUCUUUAGGCGAAAGACUUGCAGGGCUUUUAACACAAAAUGGGAAUUAAGGACCUCUUUGACCUUGGUAAAUUUAGAUACUUAUAUUAAAGUACUCCUUAGGUAUUUCAUGCUUUGUGGGCCCAUCCCUUUUCGACCUUUCUUUUCCCCAAAAGAGCAGUGUUCCUGUUUGUCUGUUUUGUUGUUUGUUUGUUUUGUGUGAGUGCGCGCGCACAGAUGCAAGGUAUCUUGUAUAAUAGCAGGGAUAGAGUGAUUUUGAAUAACUUCCAUGGGCAUUAUUGUUUGCAUAACUUUUUUAAACUAGACGCAAAACCAAAAUUAAACCUUGCUAAAUCUUUAAACUGGUUGCUGGUUUCAAGCCCUUUCAGUAUUUUCUGUAAGAGCAUUCCCAGGUUUCCAAUUCUUUGUCAUGGAAAGAGGUGGCUACCACAACCCUACGAAAGACAACAUUGCUGGUCGGCCUCCUUCCAUUGAACAAUCCAGCCGUUUUCUCUUGAGUGCAAUUAACCUUUUUACAAUAGGCAUUUCAGGAUAUUUUUGAUGAUUAUGUUGUUGUUUUCCUUCCAAUGAAAGCUUAGGUUUAUAAUGAGGGAGAGGGAGAGAACUGCCAGGGAUCCCAGCAUGUGCUGCUGUUAAUUGUUCGAAUUAACAAAAGGGAAAACAAUAUGUAAAUAUUGAAAAAGAAAAUACUAAAGAGGUUAUUCCAUGAACUCAAAAUCUGUGAUUCAUUGCCUUAAGACUUUCUCUUGGUUUUCCAUACAGCAUGCCAAACGAGUUUUUAAAAAAGUGGCUUUUAAAGAAAAAAAAUGUAUAGUAGACCAAUGUCAGUUUGUAUAAAAGUACCAAGUGAAAAUAUUUAUUACAUGCAUUGGAAAGAAGAAGAAAAAAAACUGGUUUACCCUAUUGAAUGUUACCUGUUUAUGUAAAGCAUCUUUAGAUGUAAUAAAAAGCAUUAUUACGUUGUC